GUUUUGUUUUAUUUGUUUAGGUUUUUGUUUAACUCAAAUCACAAGACGAAAGCAUUAACUGAGAAUAUUUGGGGAUCAAGAAAAAGGGCAAAUUUAUCAAUUUCAGAAAAUUUUCUAUAUUUUCUUAUAAUAUUAUAAGUAAGCCUCGACUGGAAAGCAAGCAAGGUGGUGUUGCAUUGUUUACACUUGACAAAUUUGAAUUCAAAAUCAAAUAAAAAAAUUCGGCAAAUCAAACAAGCAUAUUGAAACCUUUUGUAAAUAAAACCGAAUGGAUCUAAAUAAUUUAGCUAUCGAACUAUUUAAACAAUUUGAUCCAGAUAAUAAGGGAUAUAUCACGCAAGAACAGUUGAUAAAUGGUAACAAUGCUGAUCACGAAUCAUUUUCAUUUAAUCAAAUUUCAUGUAUUUUUUCUCUUUUGGACAAAGAAAAUAAAGGUAUAAUUACGCUCGCUGAUUUUAUGGAUGCAUUUAUUGUAGUUUCAGACUCAAAUAAAGACCUUCAAAACACUUUAGUGGAAGGAGGUUAUGAUGAAGAACAUUUAGAAAUUCAUGUUAACGGUUUACUUUAUCCUAACAAUUCAAAUAAUAAAACUAAUUCUUUACUUCAUUUAAAUAAUUCAGAAAAAAACUAUGAUAAAAAUUUUGAUUUGAACGAUUAUAGCAUUUUAAAUAACGAUAUUUAUAAAAACAAAUUAUCCAUCAAACCAAAUAAACUAGAAGACCAAAAGGAUUCAAUUCCUAUAAUAUUUGAGAGUUUAAUUCAAGAUAAAGACAAUUUCCAAGAAUGGAAAUCUUUUGAGAAUAAUGAUGACUUUAAAAUUCAAAAACCUCCCAGUAAUUGCAAAACUUUAAACCGAAAAAUAUCUGGUCGAUGUAAUUCACUGGAUAGAAAUUUGUUAAAAAGAAAAUCUAGUGACUCGAUAAAAAAAGAAUUAGACGAGAUAUUUAAACCAGUUGGAAGUUUUACUAACAAUAUAUCGUGUCGAUCUUCGUUUGAAGAUAUUUCUAAGGAUCGAUUUUCAUUAAACCACUCUUUUUCUCACAACUACAAUCAUUCUAAUAUUAUUUCAGGAAGAAACAGUUUAUCGCCUAACAGUAGCUCAUCGGAAGAUUUGUUUUAUGCUGACGAAUUAACUAACGAAGAAUGGGAAUCUUAUUUAAGAAGAAUAGGAGGCGUGGCAUUGUUUGGUGGAAAUCAGGUUUUACAUUAUAUAUGGCAACAGAUUGAUACGUACCAGAAAUCCUUACUAUUGCCACUUGAGGAUUUUUUAAAAGGAGUCAUAGAGGAGCAUAAAACUGUGUAUAGAAAAUAUCAGGAUAUAGAAAAUACAUUACACUUAAAAAUAGCACAGCAAGAAUUUGAAUUAGAAAAUAUAUAUGAGGAGUUUGAUAGAACAAUGAAAGAAGAACAAAUAAAAAAUGAUAAAAAGUAUAUGGAACGAGAAGAAUUGCUAAAAUUACAAUUUCGUAAUGCAUUAGAUAUAAAAGAACAAAAUUUUCAAGAGAAUGUAAAAAAUUUAAUUGAAUCAAAUGAAAAGCUGAAAGCAUAUGAAGUAGAAAUAUCAAAGCUGAUCAGUUGUAAUAAGAAAUUAGAGGAUCAAAAUCAACAUCUCUUCAGGGAACAGCAGGCUUUAAACUCUACAAUAGAUAUUAUGGCACAUGAAAAAGAGUUAAUGGAGCAUCGAAUAUCUUAUUAUGAAGAAAAUAAUCGAGAGUUGCAAGAGAUAAACAAUCAAUUUGUACUAAAAUCAGAACAAGAAAGACAGAAGUACAUUAACUUCAUUCGCCAAUUUAAAGAUAUGCUGGAAGAAAAAGAAUUUCUUGAAGCUAAUUUAUCAAACUUAUCUUUUGAAAAUAAUGAACUAAAGAAUGUUAACUCAAUAUUAAAUAGAGAAGAUUAUAUGUAUACAGAUAAAUUCAAAAUAAAAAUUGCAGAUAAGUUACUACCAUUAUCAUCUUCCCCUAACAAAAAUGUUUUGAAUAGAUCAUAUUUACUUGAUGACAAUCCUGUUUUUAAUUCAACUAGAAAUCAAUAUGAACUUUCUGCAACUAUUAGUGAACAUGAACUAGAUAUUGCACUUACUAAAACUGUUAGUGAUUAUGAACUUGAUCUUUUAAAUGUUGCAAAAGCUAGUGGUAAUAAACUUGAUCCUUUAUAUACUGCAACUGUUAGUAAUUGUAAUUUGGAUUUGUUACCUACUGCAACUGUUAGCAAUUAUAAUGUUGAUACGUUAUCUACUGUUGGUGAUUACGAACUUGAUCUUCCCACAACAAAUGUUAGGGAUUAUGAACUUAGUAAUGAGGUUAAUUAUAAAUCUUUAUGUUCUGAAUUUGAAGAAUACAAUAAUAAAUGCGGUAAGGUUGUUUCCACAGUGACUUUAUCUUUAUUAAAUGGAACGAGUUUAACAGAAAAACAAUAUAGUUUAAAUUUUAAUGAGUUGGAAAAAUCUUCAAAUGUCAUAGCCCAUCAAUAUGAAAGUUUGUUUGAUGGUUUUGAAAAAUCUUCAGAUGACAACAAUCAUAAUCUUGAAAGUUUAUUUGAUGAAUUAGCAAGUUUUUCUACAAUUGAUAAUGAAAUGAAAGUUGAAGAAAAAAGAAAAUAUUUACAAAAGCCGACAAAUCAUAUACGUCUUGCAUGCUUAAGUCAAACUCAGUUUAAAGUUAUACUAUGUGGAGAUAUUUCAGCUGGUAAAACCAGUUUAAUACAUCGUAUUUGCUUUGAUGAAUUCCUUCCCCAUCAACAACAAACUAUAAAGCUAGAUACUUAUUCAAAAACUGUUAAUUUGAAAGAAAACUGUAUUAAUCUGAUAUUAUGGGACACAUGUGGACAAGAGAGGUUUAAUAGCCUACCUCAUGCAUACUAUCGAAAAACUGAUGUUGUUGUUUUGGCUUAUGACUUAACAAAUCGAUCUACAUUUAUAAAUACAAAAAUUUGGUUUCAAACAAUACAUGAGUUAAUUGAAGACAAUACUCUAGUAUUGUUAGUAGGAAAUAAAAAAGAUCUUUAUCAAAAAAGAGUUAUUACAACAGAAUGUGGAGCUUUAAUGGCAAAGGAUAAUGAUGCUCUUUUUAUUGAGACGAGUUCAAAAUCAAAUGAAAAUAUCAAUGAAUUGAUUGAACUAAUUGCAACCACGUUGCUUCAAAGAGAAGAUACUGUUAUUAUACGGAAUAGUCUUAAUUUAUGUAGUCCUGGGCCAAUUUUGGACAGGAAAAAAGUGAAUACAUGUUGUUAGCUUUAAA